CUCGGAAAACCCUCGGGCAUAUCCAGCGCCGUUUUCCUUUUUCGAAAGCGCGGUCCGAGAAGAAAAGAGUAAUUUGUUUGGUAACACAGGACACAGCCUUCUGUUUGCGGCACGCACUGAAACGGGCCUUGACAAGCUUCGGGGACCCUUUUUCUCUCUGCUCUGUGCUAUAGAUCGAUUCUAAAGAGAGAGAGGGAGGGAGGAGAUCAUCAAGUAUUAUGGAUGUUGGUGAGCUUUGGGCCAUCUUCGGGCCAGGUCUAGCGGGUGCCGUCUUCGGUGCUGGUUGGUGGUUUUGGGUCGAUGCAGUUGUUUGCAGCUCGGUCAAGGUUUCCUUCGUUCACUACCUCCCUGGCAUAUUUGCAUCCCUCGCAGCUCUCAUGUUCAACAGCGUGAGGAGAGAUGAUAUUGACUAUUCCCCUUACGAUGGCGGAGAAUGGAGAUUGAAACUGUGGCUUUUCCUGGCAUAUGUUGUGUCCUUUGUGUCUCUAGCAGCAUCUGUGGGUCUCCUCAUACAAGAUGCCCUCACUGACAGCGGGCCUUCAGGAUGGACAGGCACUGCUGGUGUCUUGCAAUGUGUUUGCGUUUUGGUCAGUGGGCUCAUCUACUGGACGUCUCACACGGAAUGAAGCAUGCCUUUAUGAAGCAAAGAAAAUUGCAUCCAUCCUUCAACUCUCAAUUUGUGUUGAUGUUCCUUUGAUUGAAUGUAAAGCGGGAGCUCUCCUCAAGCUUCACUCUUGUAAAUGGUUUAUAUUUAAAUUGCAUGCUCAUCUAUUUUUGGGAUGCUUAGAAGGAUAUAUGAGGUCAGGUAUUCUCUUGUUUUA